AUGGUGCCGUCGCACCGCGUGACGCUACUUUUCCUGGCGGUGGGGGGAUGCCCGCGGGUCUCCUGGUCGCUGGUCUGGUACACAGCCUGGGUGAGCACGGUGUACACCGAGCCGGGCACCAACCGCACGGUGCGGGACAGUGCGGAAAGCGGGCGCUACGGGAACAGCUCGCCCAAGGAGAGCGCGCAGGGCCUAGUGGGCAUCCCUUGCGGCGGAACAGCCCACCACAUGGCGGGCUGCGACCCGAAGGUGGAAUACGAGAUACCCAUGCAGCCCGGAAGCUCCUCGGGAGAAAAAAAGGCGGGAGCGCCCUUCUCGCCGCCUCAGUCCUGGAUCGCCUUGGUGGCCCUCGGAGGCUGCCCCUUGAAGGACAAAGUUGCCAACGCAGCAAGAAGGAAAGCGGCCGCCGUGGUCAUCUACAACGAGCCUCAGUUUGGCAACUCCACUCUUACCUCUAUGUCGUACCUCGGUACUGCUAAUACAGUAGUAAUUAUGGUUGGGUAUCCAAAAGGAAUGGAGAUCCUGGAGCCAGUCCUAAGAGGAAUUCCAGUAAAAAUGACUAUUAGUGUUGGUAAACAACAUGUACAAGAAUAUAUCAACGGACAGUCAGUUGUGUUUGUAGCAAUUGCGUUUAUCACAAUGAUGAUUAUAUCUUUAGCAUGGCUUAUAUUUUUUUACGUUCAACGUUUUCUCUAUACUGGAUCACAGUUUAGAAGCCAGGGUCAGCGAGAAGAAACAAUUGGCGCAAUUGCUCAGCUGCCACUCUGUACUCUAAAAGACGAAGAUAAGUGUUGGGCUAUUGAUGCAGAAAAUUGUGCUAUAUGCAUCGAAAACUAUAAAGCAAAAGAUACUGUUCGACUUCUGCCUUGCAAACAUGUCUUCCAUAAGCUGUGCAUUGAUCCCUGGUUGCUGGAACAGAGAACAUGUCCAAUGUGUAAAUUAGAUAUCAUGAAAGCGCUAGGAUAUUGGGGAGAAUCUAAAAAAGUUGCAGUGCCUGAAUCAAUGAGUAGUAACAUACCAACUGAGAACUGGAAUAUUUCUAUAGAGGAAGAUAGUAACGAAACAAGUGGCUUAUCAGCAUCCUCUAUUAGCUCAGUUGCAUUAAAUAAUGUUUUAAAAGAAAAUCUGUGUGAAACGACAAUUUUACUUGAACUGGACAGUGGAGAUAAUCAAUGAUCAUUUGCCUUCUGGAUCACUACAAAUUUAAUGAGAAUUUGAGAAACUUGAACUGAUAGUAAAAAAAAUUAUUUUUAAAAAAUGUUAUGGACUUGAAUCUAGCUUAGGAAAUAUAUGCUUCCUGUUAGUCUUGGUUACAAAGCUUUUCUCUAUACAAGAUAAGAUACAUUAGUUCUGAUUUUGAUCCAUGAGAAGGAGGAAGAGAAAGAAACUGCUUUUUAAAAAGAUUAUCUGAAGAUGUCAGGUUGUUACUCUUAUUCUGGGGGGAAAUGGUUCCUUUCAUAGUAUGCCAUUCCUACUUCUUUCUAUCUCUUUGUCCUUUUGUUUGAAACAAAAUCUUAUCAGGAAAAAAACAAAUUAUAACUAUUUCAAAAAUACAUUUGGAACAGUAAUAGAAGUAUGAACAGCACAAAUAAACGAUAUGGGAUAUAUUAUACUAUAUAUGCAUAAUUAAGAAUUAUUUUCUUGUAAAAUACGGCUUAGCUUAAACAUGUAAAAUAUAAGCGGUUCUAAAAGUCUUAAUAUACAUCUGAGAGAAAGAAAAAACUAUGUAGUGCUACACAACUGUAGCACAAUUCAGGUGUUUGAUUUUUUGUCAGAAUUCUAUAGUGGGUACUUGUAGAAUUACAUUUCUACUUCAAUAUUUCAAAUUGGAAUAUUGCUUCAUUCAUUUAAUGUGCUAGAUAGCAGCGAUGUACCUUUAUACAGAAACUGAAAAGCACAUGGCCUUAGGCAUAUAUCAACCAUAUUAUAUAUAAUCAAAUUCAGCACAUUACAUUAGUUGUUAUUUAUUAAAUCACUCAAAGGAAAGUGAUGAAGUAUCUGUUUAUAGUUAUGUAUAUUCAAACAACUUUCUAGAAUACCUGAAAAAAUAUAUAAUUUAAAAUUAGACUAUUGUCUGAAACAAGGUGUUUGGUGUUGUUGGUUUUUUUUGUUUUUUUUUUUGCUAAAACCAGAGCUUCAAAUAAGGAGAGAAAAAUAUUUUAUUUGAUUUCUGAAAAAUAUAUGUUCUGAAGACUUCACCCUGGGUAAAAGAAAAAGAAAGGAGAGUGGAAAAAAUUUACAAGAAAUACUAUAUUUGGAAAAAACAACUUAUAUUUCAACACUAUAAAAUAAACUUGAGGACAAAAAAAAAGACUGGAUAAAAUGUACUACAGAGAUACCAGGGAAAACACUAGAACUGGAGAGACAAAAAGUGACGAGAAGCAGAGAGAAAAAGAAAUAUAUAUUAGCCUAGGAGGGAUAUAUAUUUUAAGUAGUAUGUUAUUUCUUAUGUUUCUUUA